GGCGUUUUUUUUCGGCCAACAGCCGGCCAGCAGUUGUUGCAGGCCGGCCUCGUUGGGAAGCAGGUUCAUUUUCCGACAGCCACUGCGUGCGGAAGCACUCUCUGAUGGCGCGGACGGCGCGGCAGAGCGCGCGGCGCGGCCGCCGUCUGUUCCAGCUCGGCGUCGGCGCGCCCCUCGGCGAACAGCAGGUGCAGCUGACGGUCGGCCAGGCAGAAGCCGCUGAUGCCAGGUGUGCUGACGUCGCCGGGCCGGCGCGGCGCGGCGCCCUCGGCCGCCGCCGGGCUGGGCGGCUCGUUGAGCUGCUGGAUGAGCUGCAGCACGCCGCUGCGCUGCAGGCCGCGCUGCGAGACGACGGCCAGCAGGCGGCCGUAGGCGCAGCGCGCCGGCGCCGGCCGCGGCAGCAGGUCCAGCGGCACGGCCAGCGACACGGAGACGGACAGCUGCGCCGCCGACUGCAGCAGCUGCAGCGGCCCGAACGGCGGCGGACACGUGCCGCGCUCAAUGUCGGCCGCCGGAGAGGCAGCCGGUCCGGCCGGCACCGCUGUCAGCGGCACCUCCACACUGAGCAGACGCACGCCGCGCGUCAGGGCAGAGACGUCCACCACCACCUGCCGCGCACACAGAGGGCCGACAGUGGUGACAGCGCGCGGCGGGUCAGACCUCACAGUGGGGAUAGCGGCAGCGGGUCAGACACCCUUAUAGAACAGCACGGGGCGGAGCCGACAAAAGAGGACGAGGAGACGGUCAUACAGCCGACUGAGGUCCGGGCACCGACUGACUCAAAGUGAACAUGUCACACAUUUCUAAAUGGCUUCUGUAGGACGGAAUAGUGUCUCUUCCUUCCAAGGCUUACUUGCAGAAUAAUAUGGAAAGACACAAUUUUACAAGUUGUGUUUUUAUGACAUAAGUU